UAUAUUUGUCUUCAUCAUUUUCCUCUUUACACAGACUCUUUUAUAGCAUUUUCUUGUUUCUCGUCCUUUUUUCAAUUCACUUUGACUUCACAGUGAGACUCUAAAGAUGGCUGAUUAUGAUGAAUGAACUUAAAUUGAUUUAUAAUCUUGAUUAGCUUGCAUCAAGUCUCAUCAAAAACAUCCACAAAUCUGAUUGUCACUUACCAACAAACACCAAGUAAUUAAAUUAAAAGACCGGCCAUGUUAUAAAUGGUGAACAUUCAAUCCCAGUGUAAAUAUCAUAAAAACCCAAAAUUCACUCCCAAUUUCCAUUGGCUUAUUUCAUCUCCAAAUCAAAAUAUUGUUUUCUAUCAAAGUGCUAAUUCUAAUUGAUCAUCAUCUUUAAAGUGAUCUCUCUCAAAAUUGUGAUGAUUUGUUCAGAUAUUAAUUCCAGUAUUAAUAUUAAAGCUUAUUUGCCUUCACCUGUGAUUAUCAUGUUUCAUUAAUUGAUGCCAUUUUGUAAUUUAGUUGAUAUUAAAAAUCAUGGGAACCUGUUUCGGUCGAUAUUCAUGUUCCUGUUGUAAUUGCCUUUACCUUAAACAGCCUCGAUCAUCAACAAUCUCAAGUUUAACCUCAACAUGUCGAAGUAGGUCAAAGGCUAAUUCAUCUUUUGCCCUUCAUCGACAAAACUCGACUCUAGAGUUUGAAAAUUUCAUGUAUGAUUAUAGUCUUGAGGAUUCAGCAACAACAUCAACAUCAGUACGACAUCAACCAAGCAUUUCCACUGUUGUCAGAUUCGAUGCUGAGAAUGCAAAAUUGGAUAAUUUCAAGUUGCCUGUUUAUUCCGAAUGCAAUGGUAAAUUAAUGCUUAAUUAUGGAGUUAAUUACAUCAAUCGAGGUGAAUCACCUCUUCUCGAUCCUAUUUUACUAAACUGUGAUUCUUUGGCCAUUGAACGAGUCAAUCCGCUGUUGACCGGUAAAAGCCUUAAAAAUAAGAGAUUGACCAAGAAGGAGCGAAAAAGAAUGAAAGAGGAAGAAGAAGAUGAAGACCGAAAUGAUGGACCGAAUGAACCAUUUGUUCGAACUGAACCGUAUCUUCUUCCAAUGAUGACACUCGAAGAUUCAGCUACACAUAACUGGGACCAUGAAAGCAGUGAUGUGAUCAAUGGUGGCAAUGAAUUGGAAUGGGACGAUUAUCAAGAUAAUCUGAUAUUCAACGAUGAAACAGAUUCCUUGAUUCAAGACAUUGAAGAUUUAACUGCCAGAGCAUUGAAAGAAACGGGAUUAAAUUAACUUUUGUUUACUUCAUUCAAUUGUGAGAUACAAAAAUAUAAAGUGAAUGUCGAACGUCAACUUACAUAUCUUUCCAAUUUGUUCUCGAAACACUUCGACCUCCAUAAACUCAAAAGUCAAGUUCCAAUUAUCAUUGAAAUUGAAAUGCAUCCAAAGAAGAGUCAACAACUGUAAUUGUGAACGCAUGCUAUCUAUCGAAUGAGAAUGAAAAAUAUUACAUUUUUCCUGAUUUGCGAUUAAGAACUCAUGUCUUCAUGAGAAUUUAAAAUCGGGUUUAUAAAUGGAACUUUGGAUAUUUUAAAAAAUUUUAGCUUAAAAAGUGGCUAUUGCAAUGGACGUCUUAAUUUUCGAAUCGCUUCGACCUUUUCCUGUUGGUUAGCUUCAUUGUGAGUUUAUAUUCAAGAUCUUUUUGGCGGUCAAUGAGCUCUAGUAAAAUCUACAGAUGGAUUGAAAUUCUUUAAGCUAAGUAACUCAGUUGAAAGGAAAAUGUGAUGAAAUUAGAAAACGAUUUUAUUUUGGGAAAUUUGUUGAUAAAAGGUUGACCAAAACAAAUUGCUAAGGUAUUUGAGUUGAAUGUUCAUUUAAGCUGAUCAACUUUGUAUCAUAUUGUAUGUAUUAGUUAAGCGUGAUUCGGAUAUUCAUGUAAAUAUCGAUUUAUCCAAAUUGAACUUCUUUUUGUACAUUUCAUGGAUUGAUUGUAUUUGUUGAAUGACAAUCAAACAAAGAAGCCUAAUUUUGAAACAAUCUCUAUGUUUAUGCUUCUGUUUCACAAUCAACCUUAAUUAUUGUAAUCAUUAAAUCAUAAUUAAAAUGAUUCGAGAAAAGCA